GAUGACGCGCAGCAGCAGAAAUUGCUUACAGAAGAGAAAUGACCCGUUUCGAGCCAAGGCAUCCUCGCGUCUCGCUCUCACCCCUCCUCGGCGCCUCCCCGACCACAGUGUAAAGCCCCUGUCCCUUCCUCCCCGACUCGCCCCUCAUGGCGAGGAGGCGCUGCUGAUGCCUCGCGGCGUCGGAUCGGACGCGGCGGCCACGACACCUAGCCGCUUGCGGUGGCGCUCGCCUACGCGCCCAAUCCGCCGACGCUGCUCCUCGGAUCCCCCGAGAGAUUCAGGCCCCGUCUCGCCUCGUCCUGCCUAGUGCCUAGGUGAGGCUCUGGCCUCCAAAGGUGCGUGGGUGGGAUCUGCUGCCUCGGUUUGCGUUAUUCCCAAGUGCCCUGCCCAUACUCCAACAGCGGUCCAGUCGACUUCCCCAAGUGCUCGACCCCUACAAGGCAGCGCGCGUGCGUCACCUCAACCCCUUGCAUGCGCUGGCGCUAACCCUAUCUAGGAGACGGAGCGGCGGGCCAGCGGCUACGCGGGCAAAGAGAGGACGAGAGCGUGCAAGAAGAGAAGGCCCGUGUCAGGCGGCGGCUAUAGCCUUUCAGUUGAGGAUUAAAGUGGAGGUUUAAGAAGCUUGAGAAUUGGCAUCAUCUCAAGAAUACAUUGAAGUGCAAGAUGCCAAAAAUAAAGAGUCUAUCUAAUGCAUGCCGAGUAUCAUUUUCUCCAGAAGGUCCCAUAUCUGAAGAGGCGCUUGAGAGAGUCCGUGCACUGUUAGAUAUGAUAAGACCUCUAGAUGUCGGCCUAGAUAAUGAAGCCCAAAUUGCACGCAAUUGGAGUAGUUCUACGCGUCCAUCAAAUGGGAGACGAGGACGCAAUGGGGCUAACCAGUUCGCGGCUCCAAUCAAAUAUUUGCACAUUCAUGAAUGUGAAAGCUUCUCUAUGGGUAUAUUUUGUAUGCCACCUUCUUCAGUUAUCCCACUUCAUAAUCAUCCUGGAAUGACUGUACUUAGCAAGCUUCUUUAUGGACGUCUGCAUGCUGAAUCUUAUGACUGGGUUGACAUACCUGAUCAUCCAAUUGAUCAAUUACAAACAAGGCCAGCCAAGCUUGUUAAAGAUUGUGAAAUGACUGCUCCAGAGACAACUAUUCUUUACCCUAAUGCAGGUGGUAACAUCCACACUUUCAGAGCCAUUACACCUUGUGCUCUCUUUGACGUUCUUUCUCCACCAUACUCCGCUGAGGAUGGGCGACACUGUUCAUACUUCCGAAAGUCUCAGAUGAAUCAGCCACCUGUUGUUUUGCCUGCUGAGAUAGAUAGCUCUCAGGUAGUUUGGUUGGAGGAGUUGGAGGACCAUCAGCCCCCAGAAGGCUUUGUUGUUGCAAGAGGUCUGUAUAAAGGCCCUGUAAUUAGGAGAUAAUUUGCUUUGGAGCGCAGAAUCAACCAAGCUGCAAAUCAGCUGAAAGACGAUGCAGGCUUGUAGUGCCUAGUGCAAGCAUCGUCAGGUCAUGUGCAGCCUACGGUUUAUUUGUACAUCUCAAAGUGAUCUUUGAUAAUUUAACAGCAGUUUUACAGAACAGGAACGGAUGUUUUUUGUUUGGCUGCCAUUUUAACUUUGUCCCACUGCUGGAGUAUCUCUGACCUAGUUAUGGAGCUCUUAUCAGAUCAAGACCAUGGUACUUUUGAUGUACCAGCAUAGCUAUUGUCAUGAUGUACCAGGGAAGAUCAAGACAAGUGUUUCCAUUUGGUGAUUUCAGAAAGAAUUUGGUGUGGGGCUACCAUUUUGUCUGUGUAAUAGCAGCAUUACUAUUUUGGAGCAAGACUGUAAAUUACGGGAGAGGAACUAUAAUAAUAUCAUUAGGUUUAUCAUGAAAUAUAUUUUCAUGGUGUAUCUAUUUAGGCCUUGUUUGGAAGGAGAUCUUUUUCUG